AUGGAAGACAUUUGCCAGGCUGAAAGGGAUUUUUUAAUUGGUUUUGCUGAGAACUACAAAAGCAAAUCAGAGGCAGAUAAAGCCCGUUUGGCUGAGGAAGCCCGCAAAAAAGCCGAAGCAGAAAGGAAGAGGCAAGAAGAAUUAAGAGAAAAGCAAGAGGAGGAACGCAAAAAGCGAGAAGCCGAGGAAGCCGAACAAAAAAAAUUGGAGGAGAAAGAAAAGAACAAAAGAGAGCAGGAAAAUAAUUUUAACAAUGAAGACAAGCCAAAUUUUUCUCCGAACUCUGAUAACUCCUCUUCCCAAACUGAAAAAAAAGGCCUAAAAAUAGCCGGAAUGAAAAUGGUCCGCUUGACCCCCCAAUUAGCCGAAAUUUUUUAUCAAGAACAUAAUGCCAAGGCAUUUUUUAAAGGAAUGACCGAAUUCAUGAGUAGUUCACCAGUAGUAGUAAUUUGCCUAGAAGGUGAAAAUGCGAUAAAACUUAAUCGUGAAAUUAUGGGAGCCACUGACCCCAAGCAAGCCCGAGAGGGAACGAUUAGAAAAAUUUAUGGAGUAAGUAUCGAUAAUGCUAAUGCAGUUCAUGGUUCAGAUAGUGCUGAAGCCGCGACAAGGGAGAUAAAAUUAUUUUUCAAAGAGGAGGAAAUUUUUUCUUAA